AGGAGGUGGGAUUAUGGACACGGGACCCAAUGAGCCCGAAAAACGUGCACCGCUCGCAGCUCUUUUAGCCUGGCGGAGGGGCAGCAGAAGUCUCUUGGCGGAGUGCGGAGAGAGCCGGCACCCCCUCCCGUCCCGUCCAUCCCUGUCCCGUCCGGGCCGGUCGCGCCAUGGCGCUGGGGAAGCUGCAGAAAGUGCUGAUCAGCGAAAGCCUGGACCCCUGCUGCCGGGAGAUCCUGGAGGCCGGCGGGCUCCGGGUGCAGGAGAAGCCCGGGCUGAGCAAGGAAGAGCUGUUACGGGAGAUCCGGGACUGCGAUGGACUCAUCGUGCGCUCGGCCACCAAAGUCACGGCUGAGGUGCUGGAGGCAGCUGAGAGGUUGCAGGUGGUGGGCAGAGCAGGCACCGGUGUGGAUAACGUGGACGUGGAAGCAGCCACCAGGAAGGGUGUCCUGGUCAUGAACACACCCACUGGGAACAGCCUCAGCGCUGCGGAGCUCACCUGUGGGAUGAUCAUGUGCUUGGCCAGGCAGAUCCCACAGGCAGCUGCCUCCAUGAAGGAGGGCAAGUGGGACCGUAAGAAGUACAUGGGCAUGGAGCUGAAUGGGAAGACGCUGGCUGUGCUGGGGCUGGGACGCAUCGGCAGGGAGGUGGCCACCCGCAUGCAGGCUUUCGGCAUGAAGACCAUAGGCUACGACCCCAUCAUCACCCCCGAAGUCUCAGCCACCUUUGGCGUGGAGCAGCUACCGCUGGAUCAGAUCUGGCCCCGCUGCGACUUCAUCACAGUGCACACGCCACUGCUGCCCUCCACCACGGGGCUCCUGAAUGACAGCACCUUCGCCAAGUGCCGCCGUGGCGUGCAGGUGGUGAACUGUGCCCGCGGUGGCAUCGUGGAUGAGGGCGCGCUGCUGCGGGCGCUGCAGUCGGGGCAGUGUGGCGGGGCUGCCCUGGAUGUCUUCACACAGGAGCCCCCAAAGGACCGUGACCUGGUGAACCACCCCAAUGUCAUCUCCUGCCCUCACCUGGGUGCUAGCACACGGGAGGCACAGAGCCGCUGCGGCAAGGAAAUCGCCAUGCAGAUCGUGGAUAUGGCCACGGGGAAGGGGCUGACUGGUGUAGUUAAUGCGCAGGCUCUCAGCAAGGCUUUUGCACCCCAGACCAAGCCCUGGAUUGCCCUGGCCCGGGCCCUGGGCACAGUGCUGCACAUGGUGGGCAAGCAAGUGCAGGGCAGCAUGCAGGUCUGCACCCUAGGGACACCACUGCGGGAGGCCGGGAGCUACCUGACGCCUGCCGUGGCCGCGGGCAUGCUGGCUGGAGGGACUCAGAAGGAGGUGACCCUGGUGAAUGCCAUGCUGCUGGCCCAGGAGGCUGGGCUGAAGGUCACAACCACCCACAGCGACGUGGCCCCCGAGCCCGACAGCAGCACUGGCUUGGUGCAGGUGUCCCUGCAGGGCACCCCGCACUGGGUGACAGGGACGGUACAGGGCAGCACCCCGGUGCUGCGGGAGAUCAGCGGGGCCACCUUCAAGCAGCCAGCCCCACUGUCUGGCCCUCUCCUCACCUACAGAGCCAAAGCUUCCGAUCCCACUGCUCUGGCCACGCUGACGGGGCUUCUGGGCAAGAUGGGGAUCCAGCUCCAGUCCUACCACAGCUCCAGCACAGUGGGAGGGGAGCAGUGGAGCAUUGUGGGGCUCUCAGCCCCCCUGUCCAACCUCAGCGAGCUGAAGCCACGAGUCACAGAAAUCUUCCAGCUCCACCUGCUGUAGACCCCAAUUGUCAACAAGGACUCUCCCCAUGGCCGAAGCACCUGGACCCUCCCCCAGCUGGGGAAGCAUUGGAGCCAGCUGUCCCUGACCCCGACACUGAGUUUGGGGUGGCCCCACACUCAAUAAAGGGUCUAGAAGGAGACAGCAUGUGA